ACAACAACACGCAGAACAUAUGUGGGAAGACUUCACAGCCGAACAACGAGUGUUUUAUGGCAGUUAUUUCAAAAAGUUCAAUGAUUACUUAAAAAUACUGUCCGGUUUUAAGGCCCCCAAUCAAGUGCAGGAUGAAGCGUUAUUAUUAAAAUUCCAAGAAGCGCUAACAAAUACAAAUCCAAAGGCUUUAUACAUACAUGAACCAUGGCGUUAUAAACUAUAUCGCGUACUAUUUCGCAUUUGUCCUACACCAAUUGUUGAUUGGCUGACAGUAAACUUUUGUGCUAUGCCAACUUAUGAGCCGCUACCAUCACCAAGUAUCGUCUCGGUAACUACCAAUGGUCACACUAAACAAUGAUUCGUGAUUUUUAAUAACAUAUACAAUAUAUUUUAUAAUAAUAAGUUUAUAUAAGUAUUUUAGUUAGUUACUUAGCUUUAAAAUAAAAUUUGAUAAAUAAUUCGUUAUAAACGCUGUAACUGCGUGCUGCAUAGAUUUAGUGUUUUAAAAACAGCAUCAGAAUUCUUUUUUUUGUUUUAGUGGUUGGGCAAAUGAAUAAAAAAUUAAAUGCCACAUCAA